GGAGCCAGGGGUGGGGACCCUCGAAGGACCUGAAGGUCCCGCCCCCGAGGCGGAGCCUGGGAUCCCGCGGGCUCCUCAGCCAAGUUCAACAACGCAAGCUGGAAGACCAGCAGCUGGUACCCUCAGCCUGCCUCGCUGCUGCUGCGGAGAAGCCCAGAGACCAUCGGUCAAGUGCAUCCAGUCCAGGCUUUACUGAGGACUUUCCUGUCUCAUAGCUCCUCCUGGGGAUAGGGACCAGCCCUUUGGAACUCCAAAGCCCUGUAGACUAAUGGCUGCUGGAACAUCUACCUUGCUUAGCCUGGCAAGCCCUGCUGAUCACAUGGCUGAGGGCAAAGGGGCUUCUCUGAGGCCUUCAGUUGAGAAGAGAUGUAAGCUCAUGGAACCCAAGAAGACCCAGCCAGGGAUGCUCAAGAAAAUAAACCCAGUGGACUCUGAUACUGCUGCAGGAAAGGGUAGCCAAGAUGCAGCCUAUAGUGAACUGAGCCUGUCAACAGCACCAAAUAAGCCUCUACUGGACAGGCCUCUGGCCUGCAAGGCAUGCACUGAGCAGAGACAGAAUGCCUCCACAGAGCUGUCAUGUCUCCAGGAGAGGCCAGGGGACAUCCAGGCCCAGACAAGGAAGCUGGAGUCUCCAGAAGGCCAGCUUGGCACUCAGCAGCCGCCCUUGAGUCUCCCCAGAGCCUCAGGUGAUGGCACAGUGUGCUCAGUAUGGCCAGGUGCAGCCGGGAGUGAGCAGAAAAGUGCGUUCAGCAAGCCAGCCAAGCGCCCAGCAGCAGAGAAACCUAAGCGCUCCCCCAUGCUUCUGGCUGGUGGAAAUGCAGAGGGUUCAUGGGAGCUCUCAGGUCUCAUCACCACUGUGGACAUCCCAUAUUGGGCUCAUCUGUCAACUUUCAAGUUCAUGGGUGAUUUCUGGAAAUUACACACGUUGUCACAGAACAUUCUACUCUGCAAUGCUUUCCAGGGGGCUCCUACACCAUGGCUGGAGCACACCCAGGUGCAAGCACCCACAUCUUCAGCAUCUUCUGCCACAGCCUCUCGGGCUCUCUUGCCGCCUACACUCUCCUCCCUGGGCUUGUCUACUCAAAACUGGUGUGCGAAGUGCAACCUAGCCUUUCGUCUGACAGCUGACCUGGUCUUCCACAUGCGGUCCCAUCACAAAAGGGAGCAUGUGGGCUCUGAUUCACAGUCUAAGAAACGAAGAGAGGAAGUUCUCACGUGCCCUGUUUGCAAUGAGUACUUCCGGGAGCGCCACCAUCUGUCCAGGCAUAUGACUUCACAUAGUUAGCAGGUGGUUACAGAGGAAACCGGAUGGCCAUAGUAUCCAGUGUGCAGUGGUGAGGCACAGGUGACUCCUGGCCUGUGCUGAGAAGGUUGUCAUAGACGUCUUCAAGGUUGUUCCUUUUGCUUCCCAGAGAUGAACAUCUCAGUUAUAAUUUGUCACAUGUCCCAGCCCUUGUGAUGUGUUUAAUGCAUGAUGUGGGAAGUCAUGCAUUAAAAUGAUAAGUCUCACUCAUGGGAUAGUGGGACCCAUGGCUCAGGGAACAGGGCUGCACCUGACUGUCCCUGGUACUCUGCAUGGAAGCACACGAACAUGACAUCUGUGGCUUUGCUAGCAAGCGAGCCUGCACUCAAUCUGGGCUUUCACCUGUGAGCCCUGACCUUGGACAUGUUCCUUUAACUUGCCACCCUCACUUGUCUUGUUCUGAAAGUGGUGUCUUAGCAAGAUGUCAUCAGAGUGCCGAGGAAGAUGUUCGGUUGCUGGCCCACUCGUUCCCUGGUACAGUGUGAGCACUAAGCAUAUGGAUUGCAUAGUCAACACUUGCACUAGCCAGAUAUGUUAUUCAUGAGAUCUCAGGGGUGAACAAACAUUGUGUUUCUCUGCAGUGAGGCUGGGGAUAGCUUAGCUUGGUGGACAUGGCUUGGGCUGCAUUCAAGUCUAGGCUUUUUUGCUGCUGGGUCAAUAGACUGAAUAGAGUGAAGCCCAGAGUGCAAAAUACCUAGAAAAUGGGUCACAAGCCUAAGUAAAGCCAACAUAAAUCCAGGCCUAAAGUGGCCAAGUGGAAAAGUGGCCUGGCUGAAACCCUAACAAAGGAGUGGGGGCAAGUAAUUCAACCUCGGUCUUCAUACUGUGAAUAUGUGAGAAGAGAGACACCAAACACACAUCACUUAUUCUGAAUGAUCUCCAGGUGCCAUCCUUCCUUGUGGUUCUGAGUAGGGCGGGAAAGGGCAACUGGAGGGUACUCGGAAGGAGGAGGUCCCCCGAGGCACAUUCUGCCAUCUACCCCUGCAACACUGUAGGACAUAGACAGUGAAUUCUCAUCCUCCUGCAGAGGAAUAUAAACUUGGAAAGGUUAAUGAAUUUCCCAAUGCCACUUAGGAGCAUUGGUGGAAGAACAAACUCCCAUGAACCCCCAGAUCUCAGCUCACGUCUUGUUCAACCUCUGCAUGUUUGCUUACCAAGCAUGGUCACAGAGCACUCUGAGUGACUCAAUACUUGGAACUUAGAGGCUGGUCUCGAUUUCAACUUAACCUUGUUACUUUACAAGACACACACAUGUUCAUGCAUGCUCAUUUACUUACACACACACACACACACACACACACACACACACACACACACCUCUUCUCUUAAGCACUUUCUUCCAUCCUGUAUACUAAAUAGCAUAGCAUUUAUCCUGUUCACUGUAGCUCUCCUCACUAUAAUGGCAGGGAGUUUUGCUGCAUUUCCAUCUUCUAGAACAACUCAGUCAUGCAGUAGGUACUCAACAGGUAUUUGUUGAAAGAAUAAGCACAAACGUUAAUAAAUGAACGAUCUGCCUGGAUCUGGCUUUGCUCCUGCCAACUCUUGAGUUGGCAUUGGGGAACAGGAGGUGGCAUCUCUCAAAAGCGUGUGCACACUUACCUUGGGCUCAUGCAUUGUCCCACGAUUUCUAUGCCAGCUCUUUGAAAGGGAAACACACAAAAGAUGCUUGGAAUUGACGUUGACAUAGUUGCUUUACAGCCAGAUUUACAAGUUCAAGAAUGUUUAAGAGUUUGUGACUUAGAACCUGUUAGUGGCACUCCCUCAGAAUAAGCAUGCUGGGCUCCCAGGCAUCCUCUGGAGGUCCCACCCCCUCUCAUGUAUUCCUCCUUCAUGCCACUUUAAACCAUGACUUCCCAAGUUAUCUCUUUCAUAAAAUAAUAGUCUGGAUAUUUUCAUUUCUCAAAAUUCACGUGGAAAUUCUAAAGUGCGCCUUUGGGAGAUUGGGAUUAAUGUCUUUAUGGGUUCCAGAGGGCCAGCUCCCCACUUUCUCUCUGAGGACAUAGCUAAAAGGAGCAAUCUCUGAACUAGAAAAUGGCCCUCACAAAAGACAUUACAUUUACUGACACGUGUCCUCUUUAUGAUUGAGAAUUGUGAGCAAUAAAUUCCUCUUGUUUGUAAGCCA